AUGUCAUCUUUUUCACCAACGACCUUGGCUCAUCUCUUUCCACCAGUGACCUUAGGCUCACCUCACCUCAUUGAAGACUACAAUGAUUGCUCAACUUUACAAGCCCUAAGUAUGAUUAUGGUUGAUAAGAUUUGUCAACAAAUCUCUACCACCACCCUUACCAUUAAUAAUUCCAUCACAUUCUCCACCCCUUUUGCUACUUUCACCUUCACUGCAUCUGCAAACUUUGAAGUCAAAUUCCCUCAAGAAUCCAGAUCAGAUGCUUAUGAACCCAUACAAUUCACUUAUCUUUUUGCUCUGUAUGUUGAACUUUCACCAGGCAUAUGGGGACUCCUCAUUCCAGGAUUCUAUUUUGUUUCAGCUAAUGCUCAAGUCAUUACCUGCCAUCAAGCCUGGUGGACAGCAGCCCAAUACACCAGGUGGCAAACCAAUGAUAUGGAGGAUUUUUAG